GCCGGGGGGGGAUUCAGCCGCGAUGCAGGGACUGGGGGUGCUGCUCCUUGCCCUGCUGUGUGGGGGGGUCAGUGGGGACCCGGGCGGGAACAAGGAGCUGCAGCUCUACGAGAAACUCUUCGCCAACUACGACAAGAACACGCGGCCGGCGAGACACCCCAACGACACGGUGGAGGUGCAGAUAAUGCUGACGCUGACCAACCUCAUCUCACUGAAUGAAAAGGAGGAGACUCUGACCACCAAUGUCUGGAUAAAGAUUGAAUGGGUGGACUAUCGGCUGAAUUAUAGCAAGAGUGAGUUCGAAGGGAUCCGCUCCCUGCGGGUCCCCUCCGACAUGGUCUGGCUGCCGGACAUCGUCCUGGAGAACAACAUCGACGGGCAGUUUGAGAUCGCCUACUACGCAAACGUGCUGGUGUACCCUGGGGGGGCCAUGUACUGGCUGCCCCCCGCCAUCUACCGCAGCACCUGUGUCAUUGAAGUCACCUACUUCCCCUUCGACUGGCAGAACUGCUCCCUCGUCUUCCAGUCCCAGACGUACAGCGCUAACGAGGUUGAACUGCAGCUCUCAAUCAAUGAGGAGACAGCCCUUCCCUUUGACAAGAUCGAUAUAGACCCUGCCGCCUUCACAGAGAAUGGGGAGUGGGCCAUCCGGCACCGGCCAGCCUGGAAGGUGCUGCACCCGGAGCUGGGCCGGGAGGCGCUCGGCUUCCAGGAGAUCCGCUUCUCGCUCAUCAUCCAGCGCAAGCCCCUCUUCUACGUCAUCAACAUCAUCGUCCCCUGCGUGCUCAUCUCCUCCCUCGUCGUCCUGGUCUACUUCCUGCCUGCCCAAGCCGGCGGCCAGAAAUGCACCCUCUCCAUCUCAGUGCUGCUGGCUCAGACUGUCUUCCUCUUCCUCAUCGCCCAAAAAGUCCCAGAGACCUCGCUCAGCGUUCCCCUCAUUGGCAAGUACCUGAUGUUCGUCAUGGGAGUGGCGACGCUGAUCGUGAUGAACUGUGUCAUUGUGCUGAAUGUUUCCCUGCGAACGCCGAACACCCACUGCAUGUCUGAGCAACUCAAACACGUGUUCCUAGAGGUGCUGCCACGGUACCUGGGCUGGGCCCUGGAACCCAUGGGGGACCCCUGGGCCGCGCCCCCUGCCCGGCGGCGCAGCUCCUUCGCCAUCAUGCUCAAAGCCGAGGAGUACAUCCUCAAGAAGCCACGCAGCGAGAUCCUCUUUGAGCGGCAGGGCCAGCGGCAUGGCCUCACCAGGCCCCCCACCUGCGAUGGGGUGGAUGUGGGCGUCACCAGCACCUUGUACAAGAACCUGGCCAGCGCGGCCCCCGAGAUCCGGGCGUGCGUGGAGGCCUGCACCUUCAUCACGGAGACCACAAGGGAGCAGAACGCCAGCAGUGCUGCGAUGGAGAACUGGGUGCUGAUCGGGAAGGUGAUUGACAAGCUCUGCUUCUGUGCUGCCAUCCUGCUCUUCACUAUCGGCACCCUCGGCAUUUUCCUCAUGGGACAUUUCAACCAGGUGCCCGACGACCCCUUUCCCCUGCAGCCGGACCCGUAGCUGGGACCCCGCCCCGCCCUCCCCACAGGGGCCGUUCCCCCAGCUGACAGGGGUAU